GCCGGCUCACGCAGAAUCCGUAGGGUCCUCGCGGCACACAGCGGCUGAGGGCCUUGGCGGCUGCGGCGGCGACUUUGGCGUCCGUGAGGGGCAGCCCAGGUCAGGAUGCGGCGGAGCCCUCGACCAGGCUCGGCCGCGUCCCCGCACAAACCCAACUUCUACAGCGACAACAGCAACACUUCAGAGAGCGUCAUUUCGGGGGACAGCAGCGGGCACCAUUCAGCUGGGCCGGGGCCAAGGGAACCCGAGGGCAGAAGGGCUGGGGGCUCCAGCUGCGGUGAGCCUGCCCUGAGCCCAGGACUGCCCGGAGGACCCACAUGGGCAGGAAGGUCUCGGCAGAAGCCGGCGUCUCGGAGCCACAAAGGGCAGACCGCUUGUGGCGCCGCAACCAACCGACUGAGUCUCCUGUAGUCUCUGAGGAGCCGCUCGAUCUUCUCUCCACCCUGGAUCUGAGGCAGGAGAUGCCUCCGCCGCGAGUGUCCAAGAGCUUCCUGAGCCUCCUCUUCCAGGUGCUGAGCGUGGUGUUAUCCCUGGUAGGAGACGCGCUGGUCAGUGUGUACAGGGAGGUCUUUUCCAUACGCUUCCUGAUCACCGCAGUGUCGCUGCUGAGCGUCUUUCUGGCAGCACUCUGGUGGGGGCUCCUGUACCUGGUCCCUCCUCUGGAGAAUGAACCUAAGGAGAUGCUGACUCUAAGCGAGUACCACGAGCGCGUGCGCUCUCAGGGGCAGCAGCUGCAGCAGCUCCAGGCCGAGCUGGAUAAGCUCCACAAGGAGGUGUCCAGUGUUCGCGCAGCCCACAGCGAGAGAGUGGCGAAGCUAGUGUUUCAGAGGCUGAAUGAGGACUUCGUGAGGAAACCCGACUAUGCGCUGAGCUCUGUGGGAGCCUCCAUCGACCUAGAGAAGACAUCCCGCGACUACGAGGACACGAACACUGCCUACUUCUGGAACCGCUUCAGCUUUUGGAACUACGCGCGGCCGCCCUCGGUCAUCCUGGAGCCAGAUGUGUUCCCUGGAAAUUGCUGGGCUUUUGAGGGCGACCAGGGUCAGGUGGUCAUCAGGUUGCCAGGUCGUGUGGAGCUGAGUGACAUCACCCUACAGCAUCCACCGCCCAGUGUGGCACACACCGGGGGAGCCAACAGCGCCCCCAGAGACUUCGCAGUCUUUGGCCUUCAGGUUGAUGAUGAGACUGAAGUUUUCUUGGGGAAAUUCACCUUUGAUGUGAAGAAAUCUGAGAUUCAGACUUUCCAUCUACAGAAUGACCCUCCAUCUGCCUUUCCAAAGGUGAAGAUCCAGAUUCUAAGCAACUGGGGCCACCCACGUUUCACAUGCUUGUAUCGAGUCCGCGCACAUGGUGUGCGAACCUCAGAGGGGGCAGGGGAUAGUGCCAUGGGGGCCACUGGGGGGUCCCAUUAAACACGCUGAUGGUUGGAGUAGAAUUGAGCCCUGUGCUGAAGGCAGCUAGAUCAGUACU